AUGUUAGAAUCCCGUUUGUUUACAUAUUUUUUUCCUAAAUUAGCACGUUCAAUAUCAGAAUUUAGAAUUCCAUGUACCGACUGUUUACUAAAUGGGCCGAAGCGCAAAGUUGUUGACCCUAAGUUAUGUCAUAUUCGAGAUAAAGGACUAGUUCUUGGUGUGUAUUAUAAUGAAAAUAUUUCAGUCGGUGAACGUGCAAUCCUUACUGCUAGUGCCCAAAAAUAUGACCAGAAAGUAGGUGGCAAAUUAUGGAAAGUGCUUAAACUAGCCCCCAUACCGAGACUUGGUGAACACAGGGUAUUUUUCGACCUUGACUCAGAUUAUGCUUUCGUAGCUGUGGCCGGUCUAGGCUCCGAAUGUCUAGCAUUCAACGAGACGGAGCAGUUAGAUGAAAGCAAGGAGGCCAUACGAAUAGCUGCCGGCAUAGGCGCCAAGGCGUUGCAACAGAUGCACCCGAGGCAUAUUGACGUCGAAUCAUUCGGCAACGCUGAAGCCGCCGCUGAAGGCGCCUCUCUGGCCACAUGGCAAUUCCGCGAGUAUCGAGCUCCAGACCACGCACGCAAAAUACCUAUAACAAGACUACAUCUUUAUGACGACUGCGACUUCGUGGGUUGGAAAAUGGGCCAAGUGAAAGCUGAAGCACAAAAUCUAGCUCGUUUUUUACAGGAGAUGCCUGCAAAUUUACUUAACCCCACAAGUUUUGCGAAAAUAGCAGUCGAUUUACUAUGUGAAUUGGAUAUUAACGUGGAGGUCAAGACACAAGGAUGGGCGGCGAGUCGAGAGAUGGGUGGAUUUGUCGGUAUCGGUAAAUCAUCAGUGCAACCUCCACUUUUUGUAGAAAUAGGUUAUUUCGGUGGAGGACCAUGUUCCCGGCCCAUAGUGUUAAUAGGUAAAGGUGUAACUUUCGACAGUGGAAGUCUAGAUUUAAAAUCGGCAAAAGAUUUAAAGUACAUGAGAGGUGACAUGGCGGGGGCCGCUUGUGUGUUAGCGAUCACGAGAGCUGCCGCUAGAUUGAAGUUGCCGGUGAACAUAAGAGGUAUAUUACCGCUUUGCGAAAUCAUGCCCAGCGGGCGCAGCCCGAAGUUUGGCGAUGUGUUUUCUAGCGCCAAUGGCAAAUCCAUUCACCUUAGAUUACCUUCCAAGGAAGGGCGUCUAGUCAUAGCUGACAGUUUGGUAUACGCCAGAAAAUACUGGCCACGAUUCAUCGUUGAUAUUGGAACAAUGUCAAAAGAACUGCUAGAUACAUUAGGCGGUGCCGCAUGCGGAUUCUAUACGAAUUCGGAGGAGCUCAUGUGCUACACUCAGUCUGCUAGUAGCCAAACGGGCGACCGGAUCUGGCGGAUGCCGCUGUGGAAAUACUACGAGCAGCGUGUUCUUCAUUGCAGUACCGGUGACGUGGAGAACACAGCCGCACACAAGUUCGGGGAUUCUCCCAAUUGUGCCGCUUUUCUCAAGCAGUUCAUCUGCGACAGCAACUGGAUGCAUUUCGACACUUACAACAUCAUGUACAGCAAGGGCCACGACUUCGCGUACCUCGGCCGCGGCAUGACCGGACGCCCCACCCGCACCGUCAUUGAGCUUAUGUGUCAAAUGGUGGCCGAUUCUAAAUUGUAAGGUGAACUGUUGUAAAACUAUUCGUCUACUUUGUAAGAAACAAAUUUUCGAAAAUUGUCUUAUAUAGAAGUUGUUAUUAAA